AUGUCAGACACGAAGGUGGACUCCGGCGCCGACAUCACCGCCAAGGAGCUGAAGGAGAAGAAGCUGGUGGAGGAUAAGGAAAACGGCAAAGAUGCAGCCACCAAUGGAAAGGAGAACGAGGAGAACGGAGAACCCGACGUAGACGACGAGGAAGAGGAUGAGGUGGACGAGGAAGAUGAAGAGGAUGACGGAGAAGGUGACGAAGAGGACGAGGAGGAUGAUGACGAUGACAUCGAGGGCGGAACAAAACGGGCGGCUGACGAUGACGACGAUGACGACGAGGAUGACGUUGAAACCAAGAAGCAGAAAACAGACGACGACGAUUGA